AAUUUAAGAGAUCAAUGAACUAAUUUUAGAGAUAAACUUUCCGGUGACUUACAAAGAUUAUUUGUUUUUGCAAUGGUGGCUUACAAAGAAUUUGAGUAUUCAAUAUCAAUAAAUUAAAAAAUCAAUAUUCAUGCAUAUAUCGUAUAAUUCUAUACUACCAUCUACAUUCAAGUGGUCAAGAAGUCAAGGAAUCUCACACAAAUACUCAAAUAAUGUAGUAGGUGAAAGCAUACGUACUAUAAAAAUUUCUCAUCUUUCACUUAUUUUUCUCCCUAAAGCAUAUCAAUCAUUAACAUUUUUAUGUCAUUUAUCUCAUUUUUUUAGACUCAAAAUUAGAACCUUAAGGUACAUUAUACAAAUUUAGUUAUAUAUUACACAUACACUACACAAAUUCUAGAUGACUACUACUACUAAAAAGAUAACAUGGAAAUCUAUGAUCUUGAUCUUAAAUUGUUACAAGAGUAAAUACCCUUUGGAGGAAUCAAAAAAACAAGUUUUAAAACAAGGUUCUUUCCAAAGAUUAUGUUUAUCUGAUAUAAGCAAUUCAAGUUCAACUCAAGCUAUUGAAGAUCUUUCAAUUUCUUUUGGUGGUUCUAAUAAACUUCAUGCAUUCACACUUGAGGAGCUAAAAGAAGCAACACAUAAUUUCUCAUGGAGUAAUAUGUUAGGUGAAGGUGGUUUUGGACCUGUUUAUAAAGGCUUUGUUGAUGAGAAACUUAGACAUGGUUUAAAGGCUCAAACUGUAGCUGUUAAAUGUUUGGAUUUAGAUGGUUUGCAAGGUCAUAGAGAGUGGCUGGCAGAGAUUAUAUUUCUUGGACAACUAAGUCAUCCACAUCUUGUGAAGUUAAUUGGAUAUUGUUGUGAAGAUGAGCAUAGGCUUUUGGUGUAUGAAUACAUGCCUAGAGGUAGCUUGGAGAAUCAACUAUUCAGAAGAUACUCUGCUGCCAUGCCAUGGUCAACUAGGAUGAAAAUUGCAUUAGGAGCUGCAAAGGGUUUGGCUUUCCUUCAUGAAGCAGAUAAGCCUGUAAUAUACAGAGAUUUCAAAGCUUCAAAUAUCCUACUAGAUUCGGAUUAUACAGCUAAAUUAUCAGAUUUUGGACUAGCUAAGGAUGGCCCUGAAGGCGAAGAAACACAUGUAACGACACGCGUAAUGGGAACACAUGGUUAUGCUGCUCCUGAGUACAUCAUGACAGGACACCUCACAACAAAGAGUGAUGUGUAUAGCUAUGGAGUGGUUCUAUUGGAAUUGCUUACAGGAAGAAGGGUAGUGGAAAAAUCUUCAGAAUCAAGUAGAGGGAAGAAUUUGGUGGAAUGGGCAAGACCAAUGUUGAGAGAUCAAAAGAAGCUGCAUAGAAUCAUAGACCGUAGACUUGAAGGACAAUUUCCUAUGAAAGGAGCAUUGAAAGUUGCUAUGUUGGCUUUUAAAUGUUUGAGUCAUCACCCAAAUCCAAGACCUUAUAUGAGUGAUGUUGUUAAAGUAUUGGAACCACUUCAAGAUUUUGAUGAUGUUUUCAUAGGACCAUUUGUCUAUUUUGCUGUAAGUGAAAAUGGUGAUAAAGAUCAAAUUAGCACUCCUCAGCAAAGUAGAUAAAUUAUUAUAGCAUAUAUAAAGAGAAAAAAAUUGGAAAAGUAAAAAAAAAAAUGUAACAGACGGGUUUAAUGUUCAAAAUUGUGUUUCUGGCCGCCGGAUUCCUAAGGUUAAAAAAUUUCUAGUUACUACUAUUACUCUACUUAUCUAAGAUGUUGGAUAGAGAUUAGACGACUGACAUUGUAAUAUUGGUAAAUCAAGAACUCAAAAUUUCGAUCGUCUAAUUUUGAUCAAUGGUUGAGAUUGAAUAUAUCAUGGCCAAAAAAUAGAGCUGCAGCAAGAUAUUUCAGAUGGAAUAAGUUGUACUACAUGGAAACUCAAGUUUUCAAAAGUGGUAAGGUUUGAUGAUGUACAAAGGCUUGAAAGUUGAAACAGGUGUUUGUACGGAUGUGUAUACAUACAAGUGUUAUUCAUGUUUGGAUUAUUAUAGUUUGGAGACUUCAAAUUCUAGUAUAGAAUAUACAAACUCAUCAAUUUUAUUUACAAGUAAUAUACUUGACAAAUUAUUGUUGGA